AUGGCUCGAUCCAGCGUGAAUUUUCCAUUGAUUUUGUCUGUACUGUUGCUGCUGCCAUUUCGCGUUGUUUCUGCGGUUCAUUCCAGAGAAUCCACCGAUGUAUCCCCACAACUCUGCAUCUUUGACGAGGAUAAUCGAACCUAUAAUGCUACGGAUCUUCUUCUGUGCCUGAACGAGCAAGCCCGGAAUAUAGUGUUUCAUCAAAACACAAACUCGACUAGAAUAACAGAUCGCGCAUAUCAAGAUGCGAGGCAAUCGUAUUCUGCAUACCCAUUCGCUCCAGCUUAUUCGAUACCAGCGGCCUCUGCGGUGGCGGCGACCUCUCCACCGACCUAUUUUGGCAGUGAAAUGUUAUCGCAAUUGUUAUCCGGUAGAUUUAAACUUUCGAGUUUAUCGAAUUUCUUGGACUUUAGUGGUCUAACUAGACCUGGCUUUAAGUUUUUCAAAGCUUUAUCAUCGAUCGCCCAGUAUGACGACUUAAAAUGCGUCCCGCGGAUUCUUUGUGAAGUGGCAAGUGGUUCAAUGCCCGGAAGCCUUACUUAUAGGCCAAGCUCCGAUUUUCAAAACUUCGGCAUCGGCAGUAGUAUUCUGUCUGGCAGUAAUGUUCUUUUCGGGCUACUCACUGCCUUUGACACAAGUGGAACAUCUCCAAUUUUGAGUUUCGGGAGAGCGGCGUUGCUAGGAUACACCAAUAGAGGACAGCCACAUAUAUGUUAUAGAGAGUACUCCAGAUGCCCACAAGAUUCUCAUCAGCUCAUUUCGUACUUGAAUAAUUAUCACGGUGGAUUCUUUCAAUUUUUUAACGGUAAUACAGGUGCUUAUUAUCCGCAACAGCAGUAUAAUUAUAGACCACGAAAUUACUAUAAAAAUUCUAAUGUAAAAAAACAGCAAUUUCCCGCAUCUCAGAUAUUUUCGGAAGCCGGUGCGGAACAGGAUGGAUCAGAAUCACUUCAAUUUGACAAUUUAAAUUAUUACCAUCAGCAAAGCAGUAAACCAGACUUUUUUACGAUGCAAGUUAGAGAAAAUGGACCUAGUAAAGUGUUAUUUCCUAAAGACAAAAGAGAGAAUCGAUUUUUAUCGAAUUAUUUUAAUAGACAAUCGGUCGAUUCUCUUAACCGCUUGACUUCCUACAAUUUUCAAAAAAAGUCAAUACGUAAAGAUCGAAAGCUUCUACCUGUAGCUAGCGAUAAUUACGGAGAUUAUCCAAUUACUGCGAAUCAAAUAGAUGAGAAUCGUAUGCUACGAGUUAAAAAGUUGGAAAAUGAAAAUCGAUUCAGCGCCUCGUCCAAUGGCAAGCCAUCGUAUUUGUUGUGCGUACGUAAGCUGAUCGAACUGAUGGGAUUAUGGAUUGACGAAACAGAAAAGGGACUUAUUUCACACGAUCUCAAUUUACUUUCGUCAAUGGGCACACUAUUAUAA